AUGAUCCAGGCGGUGAUGGUGAUCAGCACCCAGGCGAAGCCCCGCCUCCUCAAGUUCUACAAUUUCCAGGCACCCGAGAAGCAUCAGGACCUCGUCCACAGUGUAUUCCAGUUACUCUCUGCAAGGCCCGACAGCGUGAGCAAUUUUGUCAAGGUGGACUCCGUCUUUGGCCCGGGAACAAAAAUGGUCUACAAGCAUUUGGCCACACUAUACUUCGUUUUUGUCUUUGAUAGCUCUGAGAAUGAGCUUGCCAUGCUCGAUCUCGUACAAGUUUUUGUUGAAACAUUGGACAGAUGCUUCAAGAAUGUAUGCGAGCUUGACGUUGUAUUUAACUUCAACAAGCUGCACACGAUUUUGGAUGAGAUGAUACUGGGGGGACAGCGGCCGCCGACGGCAAGUGAGGUGGUGGAGUGGCUCAAGGAUGAUGGUGACUUCGAUGCUCUCCGCCGUGCCAUCGUUCGGAAGGUCAAGGACAACGAGGUACUACGGAACAAAAUCAUCUCUGAGGUAAAGCAGUCAGUGGUUCUACAUGAAGAUGGAUCUGAGAGGAUGAAAUUGAAAGACCUAUCUGAUGCAAAUUUUCAAGAUAUUGGGAGCAAAAUAAUGGGUCAAAUCUCAGAUGAGGUAUGGAAUGUCAUCCAUUCAAAUGAAACUGAUAUACAGGGAACUGUGAAAGCCGUCUACAAUAGGAUACUGAACCCUGAAAAGGUCCCUGAGCCUUCUUCCAAGAAGCUGAAGCGGAAAUGCAAAGAGGAAGAAGUUUUGCCAACAAAAACAGCAACUACCGUUGCACUCGAGGCGGAAGAUGAUGAUCCGGAGGAACCACCGGGAUUUGGUUUCAGCAAUACUCAGCAUAAUGAUAUAGGAGCAACAAAGCCACCGAUGAAUUUGGAAAAUGGUAAUGAAGCGAAGCCAAAUGGAGGUGAGCCAGCUGCUAUCAGCAAUCCAGGGGAUGAGGAGGAGGAUCCUGAAGUGCCCCCUGGAUUUGGUUAA